AUGAUACUUCAACUCCCCAACGAACUUCUCUCGCGCAUCGCCGACUUCUCGCAAGACGAAGAUCUUCUAUCAUUGCGCGUCACCUGCAAACUUCUAGAGCAAAACACCCGCAGACGCUUCAUAUCUGCAUUCAUCACGGAGACUACCUUCCAUGCCUCUCUCUUGGGCAUUCGACGCCUC